GUGUGUGUGUGUGUGUGAAGCUGCAGGAGAGUUUGUGUCUCUGGCUGAGAGGGAAGACACCCUACUGAGGGACCUUUUUCAGGGCUAUCAGAAAUGGGUGCGGCCUACACAGCACUCCAACAACACUGUCAAAGUGCGCUUUGGUCUGAAGAUCUCACAGCUUGUAGAUGUAGAUGAAAAGAACCAGCUUAUGACCACUAAUGUGUGGCUGUGGCAGGAGUGGGUCGAUUAUAAACUGCGCUGGAACCCAGAGGAUUAUGGCGGUAUUACUUUCAUCCGGGUUCCUACAGAGAGCAUUUGGCUGCCUGACAUUGUGCUAUAUGAGAAUGCCGAUGGACAUUUCGAGGGCUCACUAAUGACCAAAGCUAUUAUAAAAUAUAACGGUGCUGUCACCUGGACCCCUCCAGCCAGCUACAAAUCAGCCUGCACUAUGGACGUGACAUUUUUUCCAUUCGACCGCCAAAACUGCUCGAUGAAAUUUGGCUCAUGGACUUAUGAUGGCACCAUGGUGGAUCUAGUUCUCGUAAACCACCAGGUGGACCGCAGCGACUUCUUCGACAACGGCGAGUGGGAAAUUCUGAGCGCCACGGGCGCCAAGGGCAGUCGGCAUGAUGGCACACUCUCCUACCCCUUCAUCACCUACUCCUUCAUCCUGAAGCGUCUGCCUCUCUUCUACACACUCUUCCUCAUAAUCCCCUGCUUGGGUCUGUCCUUCCUCACCGUUCUGGUGUUUUAUCUUCCAUCAGACGAAGGCGAGAAGGUGACGCUGUCCACGUCUGUGCUCGUCUCACUCACCGUCUUCCUCCUGGUCAUCGAGGAGAUCAUCCCAUCUUCAUCCAAGGUCAUCCCGUUGAUUGGCGAGUACCUGCUGUUCAUCAUGAUCUUUGUCACGCUGUCCAUCGUAGUGACCGUGUUUGUCAUCAAUGUGCACCACCGGUCCUCUGCCACCUACCACCCGAUGGCUCCGUGGGUGCGUGAGCUCUUCUUACAGCGCCUGCCUCAGCUUCUGUGCAUGCGCACUCACACAGAGCGAUACCUUUACCCCGAGCUGGAGCCACACAGCCCUGACUUCAAACCACGCAUCAGAAAAGCCCGACCAGGCCCUGAGGGCGAAGGUCAGGCUCUGGUCAACAUGCUGGAGAAGGCCACUUUCUCUGUCCGCUACAUCUCACGACACAUCCGCAAGGAAAAUUUCAUUAGAGAGGUGGUGCAUGACUGGAAGUUUGUGGCUCAAGUGUUGGACAGAAUCUUCCUCUGGGUCUUCCUCAUUGUGUCUAUAUUAGGCACCAUCCUCAUCUUCACUCCUGCUCUAAAGAUGUAUUUACUCUCUUCAUCUCCUCCUUUAGCUCCAUAG